CUCUGGUCAGUUGUAUGAGGAAUAGCGUGCCGAGCGGUCGCAAAACGCGCACGAGUAUUAACAAAAAGCAAGAAAAAAAAAGAAGACAUAAACACCAGAGUGAUUUCCCCCAAAAAGAUCUAGAUAAAAAUAUACUAUAUAACGGACACAAACAAACAAAGGAAUUCUUCAAGUAUCUGACAGCCAAAGAUCGCACUGAAGUUCAUAAUUUAUAAUUGCCCCAAGCCGUUUAAUUGUAUUUAAUUAAUUGUAAAAAUGAGUGACCUACAGCAUAUUACACUGCAAAUGGAUAAGCUGCCGCUGGAAGAUGAUAAAACUUUGACGAGAAAUCAAGAAAAUAUCAACAAUCACAGCAACGGCGAUGCAAUCGACGGACGUAACAAUGCACGAGUGCCCAGAGCAGUGCCCGAAACGGAUGACGAUGACAACGAUGAUCGUCCCUUUGUUAAAGAUGGGAGUGGUAAUCCCGGCGUGGAUGAUGGUCUUCUGGGCGGCGGUGGUGGAGGCGGAGGAGGAGUCAAUGUUCUUGUACCCAAUGGAGGCAGACGACCCAGUUUCUCCUUUCCGGGCUAUAAUGGACCCGGUUUUGUGACGAUCAACGGAGUUGAGACACCAAUACCCGAUGUGAAUGCAUAUCAGCACAAGAAAACCCUGGCCCAGGGAAUGAUGGAUUUGGCAUUACUCUCAGCCAAUGCAAAUCAGUUGCGUUAUGUGCUGGAAACCAACACUCAACAUCCUUACUUUUAUCCCAGUUUGUUGUUCAUCUCACUGAGCAUUAUAUUCCAGAUCGCUGUUGGCGUGGGCCUUAUUUGGAAUGGCCGGUACAACAUUAAGAAUGAGCAAGAGAUUUGCCGGGCGAACAAGAUCAACAAUUACACAGUCAUCGGCAUCUUUAUUGUGACGGUGGUCAAUGUCCUUAUAUCAGCAUUUGGCGUUGCUGAACGAGCCCCUGUGCCUGUCAAUACCAUCUAGUUCCAGGAUAAAUUUAAAUUAGCACGUAGAGUUGUAAGCACAAUCGCAUCCUUAGAUAAAAGUCAGUCAGCUGGUCAGUAGUUGUUGAAAUUCACAUUUCGCCUCAUUUCUCUAUGUUUAAAAAAUCAAUUGUGAUAAAUAAAUAAAAUCCCACGAGCAUUUUACACUUUAUUCGAAAUUAAUAAAA